UCAGGGCGAGGCGUGGAAGGCAUUUGUAUGUCCUUCAGCAUGAUUCUGUGGACAACUUCUGGCAGAUGUUGAUCAGGGAGUUGAACUGAAGACCUGAAGAUUUCUAGAGAGGUGUUCUCCUAGAUGGCACAGAAACUUCUCAGACCAUUCAUGUUCCUCCGCAUCAAGCAUCUCUCAGUGCCAUUUCAUUCCCAAUCGUCACUGCUGCUGUGCCGGGUUUCAGCUGUGCCAUGCAAUGUCACCUGGUGUGGGCCCCUUUCCUUCACUACCACACCUGCAGCAAGAAGGACUUUUUCCACCACUCAGGUCUUCAGGCACACCUUUAACAUCCAAGAUGGGGAUGACUUCCAAGACAGAGUUCUGAAAAGUCAGAAGCCAGUGGUGAUUGAUUUCCAUGCCCAGUGGUGUGGUCCCUGCAAGAUUCUGGGCCCUAGACUAGAAAAGAUGGUGGCCAAGCACCAAGGGAAAGUGCUUAUGGCAAAAGUGGACAUUGACGACCACACAGAUCUAGCCCUUGAAUAUGAGGUUUCCGCAGUGCCCACAGUCCUGGCUAUGAAGAAUGGGGAUGUGGUGGACAAGUUUGUGGGGAUAAAAGAUGAAGAUCAGCUGGAAGCCUUCCUCAAGAAGCUUAUUGGGCCCUGAACAACUAAAGACAACUGAGUGACAUGCACCAAGGCCUCCUGCAUUUCUCCCUUUAAAAAUAGAAUUCCUUUCCUUGGACAGAAGUGAGGGGAAAUUGUGAGCUGUCUUCUAAGAGAAGGACUAAUGUGUGAUUUUGGAGGGACUGGACAGUGCCAUUCUUUUUUCCCCCUUCUCCUUGAGGGCAACAGUAGGUUUGAUGGGGAACUGAUCACUCUGUAAUGAAAGCAGAAGAAAGAGCUCACUGGCUGAUAGCUAAAAAUCAGUGACAAGAAAUACAGGACUGCUAAUAACAGAUCAGAGAAGCUUCCUUUAGCCACCUGGUCCAUUCCAGACCCAGGGUAGUGAAUAAUAGCUGCCAAUGAAAGGGCGGCUAACUUAGUUUUAAAAUCAGCCUCAUCUUUCCAGUCACUGUUGUCUUCCCUCUUUAUCUGGUGAUAGUUUUUAAAUCAUACGCAGUUCUUUGGCUGCUGCCCCAAACCCUCCUGCUGCUGUUUAUAAACUGAAUGAAGAGGAACAUUGUUUGGAGUCUUAUUUUUGUAUGUGUAUGUCGGGGGGGGGGGGGUUAAUCAGUAAUAAAGUCAGCUUUAUGCAAAAGGAUUUUGCAGUACCUUCGAGACUAACACAGAGAGAAAGAAGUUGGUAACAUAAGCUUUCAUGGACUAAGUCUACUUCCUCAGAUGCAUUUGAUCCCUAUAACAUCCAGAAUAACAUGUCUUUGAAACUGAGCUUUAGUAAUUACUUCAUUCCCCUUUGGUAUAGCAUUGUUUGUGACUUGAGCAAUAGUGUAUGUCUCUUCAGUAGCAAAACCAAAACUCUUCAACUUGUCUUUGGAGGUGUGGGUUUGAAUAGGGCAAGGGUGGGCAACUGUGGCUCUCCAGAAAGGUAUUCACACUGCACAUAUCAGUUUGAUAUCACAGCAUUUAUCAUGGUUCACUGAAAGACUUGGAAUUGUCUAGUACACACCCUUGAGCCUAAUGUUCUAACAUUAGAACAUGUAGAAUUUCAAGUCUAGGAUUCCAGAGGCUAGAUCAUGUUCAUGUAGUAUUGUCAUGCCACAGUUGUGUAGAGUAGAUACACCCGAGAUGUCAAUGGAGUCCAAUUCCCUUGCUUGGCUGUGCUGGCAAGGAUUAAUGGGAAUUGCAGUCCAGCAGACUAUAGAGAGUCAUAGCUGUCCAUUUCUGGAAAGGCAAUGAAGAUUUUACCCAAGGUACCUGUCUGGACUACUGAAAUGAUGCUUUGCAUCACAAUAAAUAUGUCAGAAUUGACAGUUUCUUGUCAUUUAAUGGUACAAGCUUCUCCUGCCGAAGGUGGCCUGAUUUACCCUAACAUUACAGGUAGGGGCAGACCUAGAGGUACUAAGUGAAAUUAGAAGUUUGCUUCUUCAAUGGAUGGAACAAAAAUACUUUCCUUUUGGAACUCUUUGAUGAGGGCUGAUACAUGAGCCAGCAGUAUAACCAUGACUACAAACAUACUAGUCAAGUUUAUAUAAAAUAAAAACAUUGAUGAUUAAAGCAAGACACUAAAGGAGAUCCAAGCAUUCUCCCUUUUUUUAAAAGAAUGACCCUAGGGGUUAAGGCAGUCUCAUAGAAGGAGGAUUCCAAGUUCUCCACUUAAACUAGAACAUAUUUUCUGCAAAAAUAGGAAUGACAAUCUUUCCCCAAGGCAGAUGGCACAAUGAAUGCUUGUAUUAUAAAAUGGCUGCUGCUGGAGAGAGAAGCUGCACUAACUAAUCAAGUCUGAACCAGAGAAGUUAUUCAAAAUCUCUGUUGCAUUGACCUGAGGACAUAGUUUGGGCUGGAACAGUUUUAUAGAUUGCUAAUCCAUCUGUGAUCAGAAUAUUCACAAAAAUGGCAAUAGGUGUGGUUUUAUAUGGGCAGAAAUGGGGCAAAUUAUAUCUCCAUGGGGAUAGAGUUCAGAGACAUAGGACUGUAUCACACAGAGAAAAUCAAGGAAAAGAGGGUUUAAACAGACUUUAGCUUGCGCAAAGGGAUCUUGUGUAGCACCUUUGAGGCUUACUAUGCAAAAGAAGUUGCAGUAUAUGCUUUCUUUUUGUAGACUUGGUUCACUCCAUGCAUCUGAGGAAAUAGACCAAACUAACUGCUUUGGGUCCCAAUCUUGGGAAAGCAGAAUAAAAAUAAAUAAAUAAAUAAUAAUAAUAAUAUGAAAGUUUGUGCUACUCCUUUGCAGAGUCUCAAAGGUGCUGCAAGAUGCCUUUAUACCUCUCCAGUUGGAAUACAACUACCAUCAGUACCAGCCAGGGAAAAUAAUGGUAAAGGAUGAUAAGAGCUAUUGACUAGGAACACAAGUUGCCUACAUCUGUUUUCAGAACAGCCACCUAUGACUGCCACAACUUUUUGGAACUCAGUUUAACAUAGCUAUUUGUUACCAAAAGAGUUUCAGGAGCACAGCCAAAACAUACCACAGUCUGUUCUGUGUUGCUGUGGGAUUUUGUUUUGUAUUUGUGCCUUAUAGUUUUGUAUGGCAUUUCUUUUUUGGAACUAUUUGAAAUGCCAUCUGCUCUUUAGAAAGGUUCAAACCAUAAUCGCGUUGUGAGGGAGUUAUAUUGCUGGUUGAUUUUAAUCCGUACCUUUAGGUUGUAAAAUCAUGUAACCUUUAGACUAUGACUACUGAGUUUAUUUGUUCUCACCUGUAAUUUAAAGUGACUCCUCCCUGCUAA